UUCCUUCUUGUGAACACUGUCAUCUAAUUUCUUUCAGAUUUCCAGAGACUCCAGAAAGAUGUCUUACCAGCAGCAGCAGUGCAAGCAGCCCUGCCAACCACCUCCUGUGGUGUGCCCACCUAAGUGCCCUGAGCCAUGUCCACCUCCAAAGUGCCCUGAGCCAUGCCCACCCCCAAAGUGCCCACCUCAGCCAUGUCAGCAGAAAUGCCCUCCUACACAGAUAUACCAACCCUGUCAGCAGAAGUGUCCUCCUAAGAGCAAGUAA